CUGGGUCUCUGACAUGUUGAGAAUGCUGAAGAAGAAAAAGUACAGAAGGAGAAAGCAGAGAUGGGGAAAGCUGCAUCCCUCAAAUAGGAUACCACUGGAUACUGAGCAGUGAACAACCUCUGGUUUUGUCGGACACCAUUUUGGAAUAUUUGGACACAGUUUCCGGAAGGAUGAGAGACCUAAUCAAUGGUAGUAAGAUGUUUAAAAUAUUAUUAAUACGAAUGAAUGCUUAGGCAGGGUUGACGGUAAAGCUCUUCUGUACAAUAGGUAGCGUUAAUAAAUGACAAGAUUUGGAAAAUCAGUAUUUGGAAAUAAUCAUAAUUGUUUCAGCCAGGAAUCAUCAAAUGAUGCUAAAACUUGGAGAAAAUUUUAAGAGAAACAGGACAUUUAGUGUCCUUAUCAGUUACAAAGGGAAAGUAGUAGCUUCCUGAUGGAGAACAUGGUUGACAGUACCUGAAUUAAAGAGGUGAAAGUUAAUACCACAGUAGUGGGAACAUCAGACAGCGCUGAUAGGAUGCCCUGAGAAGAACAUAGUCUCAUUUCUGUAGUACUACUGACUAAACUGCAGAAACCUGAGUCUACCCAUGAGGAAACAUCAGUCUCAAAUUGACUGAUAUUCUGCUUUUAGUAUUCAAACAUACUAAUUUCACUGAGGAAAUGGUCCAGAUUAUUUCAGACUAUAUAGACAUGAGAAUGGAAUAUCACAUUGGUUCAGGAUGUCUAUAAAAGGAUAAGGAAGGUUGGCAAAAUUUGAAGACAGUCCCUCAAGUAGAUUGUAGUGUUAUGUGAGUAUUAAUUGCCUAAGUUAUAUAAUUGCCUGAGGUUAUAUAACAGAAAAUUCUUGUUUUUAAGAAAUUAAAACAAUUUAAAGGAUAAAGGGAUAAUGUCGUAGCUGUAAUUUUCCAAGCAUUUGGAUAAAAUAAUAUACAUGUUUCAAAAAAAAAUGAAACAGAUGUUGUAAGAUGUUAGCAAAUAGGGAAUCCAGGUGGAAAUUAUCCAGGAAUUAUGGAUAGUCUUGUAUCUGUUCAGCAGGUCUGAAAGUAGUUGAUGAAAAUAAUGCAAAAGAACAUGUCAAAAAGAAAUGGUUUGGGCAUAUGGCUUCAAGCAUACAUAAAUGCUCAGGAAACAUGAAAAUGUGGAAUAAAUGGAUGAGUACUAUAAUACCAGCAGACCUUGUAGAUACCUGCAUUUGAAGCAUUUAUAUUAGAAGAAAGCCUUUUUACCCAGAAUUUUUUUCACUUAGCCUAAUGUUUUCAAGGUUUGGCCAUGUUGCAGCAUAUAUCAGAUCUCCAUUUUUUUUGAUGGAGGAGUGAUAUUCUAUUGUUUAAAUAUAUCACAUUUUGCUCAUCCACUCACUAGUUUUUGGCUAUUAUGACUAAUCCCGCCAGGAAUAUUUAUGUGGAGGUUUUUGUGUGUUUAUGUUUUCAAUUCUGUUAUACAUGAGAAUAUAGUAACUGUGUUUAUUUGACAUUUUGAGGACCUGUCUGUAAGUGAUGUUUAAGAUAAUUUUUGUUACAUUUGAAGGCAGAUAAUAGUCUAUGCAAAAUGAAUAUUCUAUUGAAUAUUGAUGUGAACUAUUCUUAUUGUAAAAAAAAAGUUACAUUGAAAUAGUAAGUAUAGAAGUUAGAUGUUGGUGGUGGGGCGUGGUGGCUCAUGCCUGUAAUCCCAGCACUUUGGGAGGCCGAGGCAGGUGGAUCACGAGGUCAGGAGAUCGAGACCAUCCUGGCUAACACGAUGAAACCCCGUCUUUACUAAAAAUACAAAAAAUUAGCUGGGCGUGGUGAUGAGCGCCUGUAGUCCCAGCUACUCGGGAGGCUGAGGCAGGAGAAUCACUUGAACCCAGGAGGCAGAGCUUGCAGUGAGCUGAGAUUGUGCCACUGUACUCCAGCCUGGGUGACAGAGCGAGACUCUGUUUCAACCAAAAAAAAAAAAAAGAAGUUAGGUAUUGGUUUUUGUACUCAACAAGCAGUUUUAUGUUUUAUUUUUCAGGAACUCUCCAAUACUGAAUUCAGGCUGGGAUAUUAGAGAAAAGGAAAAUACAUGAAACUCAGUGGUGUUUUAUGGCACUUUGAGUUCCCCAAUUCACCUUCAAACAUUUAGCCUUCCAAGUUCUCUGCCACCAUAUCAGUGCAUCCCUCCUGAGAUUCUUAAUUCUUUGAUUGUGUAAAGAUGGACUAUGCUUACUCCAUCUUACUUCUCUUAGGUCUUACAAUGGAAGUGCCCUAUUACAUUUUGUUCUUUUCUAUGAUUUCCAAUUAUUUUAUGAAAUUUUUCAUUUAUGUUUUCUGUUCUUUCUAUCUUUAAUUUCUAUGUAACUUUUUGAAAUAGAUCUCAAAGAUUAUAUAUAUAUAUAUACACACACACACACACACACAGAGAGAGAGAGAGAUAUAUCUACUGUACUACUGAAGUAGAUUCCUAAAGUUUUUAUCUCUUCUAGAAUAUUGGUUUCACAACACCCCUAUUAUGUGUAUUUAAUUUUACCCACCACAUGGCGUUUUCAAAAAGUCUUUAUUUGGCGGAAUACAACUUCAGAAUCUGAUUCGAAGAGAAAAUUGCUCACAGCCGUGAGCCACUGUGCCUGGCCGAUUUUUACUAUUUAAAGAAAGAAGAAUUUUAGCAGCGUGGGGUGGCUCAUGCCUGUAAUCCCAGCACUUUGGGAGGCUGAGGUGGGCGGAUCACUUGAGGCCAGUAGUUCAAGAACAGCCUGGCCAACAUGACGAAACCCCAUCUCUACUAAAAAUACAAAAAUUAGCCAGGCGUGGUGGCACGUGCCUGUAGUCCCAGCUACUCGAAGGCUUAGGCAGGAGAAUUGCUUGAAUCAGAGACAGGGAGGCUGCAAUGAGCCGAGAUUGCACCACUGCACUCCAGCCUGGGCGACAGUGCAAGACUCCAUCUCAAAAAUAAAGAGGAAUUGGAGGAGGAAAUAAAUGAAUAAAUGACAAAGGUGACAAAGGACCAAAGAUCUGUGACUUGUGCAAAGAUUGCUCUGUGUUUGCUGCAGGUCUAGAAGAUGUCACAGAAUUUCAAGGAAGAGAGGUGAGCAGCUGCUGUGGUGAUUUUGAAAUUGUUUGUGUGUGUUGUGGCCAGUGAUGUCAGAAUUUCAGGAUCUGAGAGUUCAUGAUUUUAGAGGCUCAAAGGAGAAUAUUUUUAUAAUAGAAUUUUUUUGCUAUGUGAGUAUCCCUACUUUGUUCAAGGAAUCUCAUUAUCUUUUCCCUUUUUUUUAAAAAGGGAUUUUUUUGUAGUAACCUGAAUAAAUUGGGGGAAGUAUUGAUAUAUUUCCUUUUCUCACCAUUUUUUGUUGGAUGAAAAUAAUCUUUUAGUGAAAUUCAGUGUAUUAAAUAUUUAUUUUUUAAAGACUAGAGAUGGGGUCAUGCUGUGUAUCCCAGGCUGCCCUUGAACUCCUGGGCUCAAGCAAUCAUCUUGCCUCAACCUCCUGAGUAGCUGGGACUACAGGCAUGUGCUGCCAUGCCUGGCUUAAAUAUUUAUUUAAAAAAUUUUAUCUGGCACAUUCUGAACACAGAUGUUUCUACUUAUAUUUGUCAUGUAGUCACAGUAUAUAUUGAUUUUGCUACCUCGCCUACUCCUAAAAGUUUUAGUUCAUUUAAUUGGUCUUAAUUGGACUUAAAAAUUUUUUCCCUGGCCGGGCGCCUUGGCUCACGCCUGUAAUCCCAGCACUUUGGGAAGCCGAGGCAGGCGUUUGAGACCAGCCUGACCAACAUGGAGAAACCCUGUCUCUACUAAUAAUACAAAAUUAGCCGGGUGGGGUGGCACAUGCCUGUAAUCCCAGCUACUCAGGAGGCUGAGGCAGGAGAAUCACUUGAACCCGGGAGGCAGAGGUUGCAGUGAGCUGAAAUCGUGCCAUUGCACUCCAGCCUGGACAACAAGAGCAAAACUCUGUCUCAAAAAAAAAAAAAUUCCCAAUAGAUUUUAAUCUAAUUUUAUUAGAACAAUUCAGUCAUAUGUUUUUUCAUGCUAUGUAUAUGAGAGUUCCAUUAUUCAGUUACUAAACAAAUGUCUACUGUACAUUUACUGUUCUCACUGAUGAUGGAUUAGAUAACCAUGCACAAAAUAAGCCUGGCUGUGGAAAUGCUUAUUUGUUGGGAGGGUGCUUGUUUGGAUCGAUGAUGAGAAUAAUUGUCUGAGGAUGCUGAGGGACUCAUUCCAGAUGUCAAUCUGAGGUCCAGAUAUGUGGCCCUCCAAUAGGACAAAUAAGACUCUCAGAGCCUGGCUCUAUUUGGGGAUCCCUCAGUGACAACAUAGUACCUCUGUGAGCGUGCCUUUUCUAUCUCUCCGAAGAGGGCAUUAGCAUCCUGUCUUAUGAGUCAGUAUGCACUUUAGUAUGGUUAGUGACCCAAGACUCACUUUAUUUUGUUCAUUUUGAGCAGAGAAUUGUAGAUAGAUACAUAUAUGGGAAAUAUGUUCUUGAUUAACAAAUGAAAAAAUGAAAAAGUUUCAGUCAAGAAAGGUCAAGGAACUGUGAUGUAUAGUGAAGGCAGGGAACACUGCAUGCCUGUAUUAAAUAUUGACAAAGGAACCAAUUUUAGUGCUUUGUUAUUUUUACUGUUGAGUAUUUUCUGAGACCAUUUCUUUUUCUUCUAUUUUGUUUUGCUGAGGUAGAGGAGGGCUGGAAUGAGGUCCUCCACUUCAGAAAAUAGGGGUGAGUAGUUAAACCAACAUCCUUUGGAAUUCAUAUACGUCAUGCGUUCCAUGCCACAUCCUGAGGUCUUUUUGUUGAUUUUUUUAGUGGCUUACUGGAUAAUAUCUAAAUACUGUAUAUUUUACUUUGGUGAGUCUCUCCACCUUCAUUUCUGAAUCAUUGUCCUUUACAUUUUUAUUCUAUUUGAAUUUUGCAUGAAAUGACAAAUGUAGAAUUUUGCCCAAUUUAUUUUAUUUAUUCAUUCAUUUAUUUGGGAAGACAAAGUCUCUCUCUGUCACCCAGGCUGGAGUACAUUGGCCCAGUCAGAGCUCACCUCAGCUCUUCACCCUGUAGCCCUUAACUCCUGGGCUCAAGUGAUCCUCCACCCUCAGCCUCCCAAGUAUCUAGGAAUACAGUUGUCAUGGGAGGCCAGCCACCUGCUGGCAAGGAAGAUGGUUGAUUCUUCUGAUCAAUGGAGGCCCUGCAGAGUCCUGUAGUCACUGUGGCCUGGCAUCCAUGGUGCACCCAAUGCUGGUGGAUGGCUUAGGAUGAGGCAGUUGCUGUGGGAGGUGUGGUAACUGCUGGAAGGAAGAUGCUCAAUUCUUCUGAGCAACGAAGGCCUCAUGGAGUCCUGGAUUCUGUGUGGCCUGGCAUCCACGGUGCACUGUGUGCUGGCGGGUGGCUUAGGACGGGGCAGUUAUCAUGGGACACCCGCCAUAUGCUGGCAAGGAAGAUGGUCAGUUCUUCUGAGCCACGAAGGCCCCCAACAUCCUGGAGUUGGUGUGGCCUAGCAUCCACGGUGCGCCCCCUGCUGGUGGAUGGCUCAGGACGGGGCAGUUGCCGUGGGAGGCCCGCUGCCUGCUGGAAGGAAGAUGGUCAGUUCUUCUGAACCACAAAGGCCCUGCAGAGUCCUGGAGUCUGUGUGUCCUGGCUUCCAGGGUUCACCUCAUGCUGGUGGAUUGCUCAGGAUGGGUGCCGAAGGUCUUUAAGGUCGUCAGCUCACCUACUGCCCAGCCUGUGGUGUCAAAUGUCCUGCCUCUUCAAAUGUGUUUGGAUCGAUGAUGAGUCCCCCCAAAAAAACAUUCCUUGGAAAAGCUGAACAAAAUGAGUGAAAACUCAUACCGUCGUUCUCAGCGGAACUGAGGUCCAGCACGUUGCCUCCAGCAGGGACUGUUGGAGUGAGGGACAGCUUCCACUAGUCCCUAUAGGUUCCACCACCCAGGGCAUCUGCAGGUGCACCUCACCUAAGAGGGUGGCCAGAGACAGUGUUUUGUCAUGACAUCAGAAGCCCCAUGAGGAAGAGGAGGAGCCUGUGCUCCUGCCAGAGGUGGUGGCUGUUAGGGACAGUUGCCGUGGGAGGUCCGCUGCCUGCUGUCGAGGAAGAUGGUCAAUGCUUCUGAGAAACAGGCCCUGCGGGUUCCUGGAUUUGGUGUGGCCUGGCAUCCACGGUGCACCCGGUGCUGGCGGGUGGCCCAGGACGGGGCAGUUGCCUUGAGAGGCCCACCGCCUGCUGGCAUGACAGAUGGUCAGUUCUUCCGAGCAGUGGAAUCUCCAUGGAGUCGUGGAGUCGGUGUGGCCUCGCAUCCACAGUGCACCCCGUGCUGGUGGAUGGCUCAGGACGCAGCAGUUGUCAUGAGAGGUCUGCCGCUUGCUGGCAAGGAAGAUGGUCAAUUCUUCUGACCAACAGAGGCUGCCUUGAGUCCUGAUUUGGUGUGGCCCGGCAUCUAUGGUGCACCCAAUGCUGGGGCAGUUGCCGUGGGAGGCCUGCCGUCUGCUGAAAGGAAGAUGGUUGAUGCUUCUGAGCAAUGAAGGCCCCAUGGAGUCCUGGAUUCGGUGUGGCCUUGCAUCCGUGGUGCACCCCAUGCUGGUGGAUGGCUCAGGACGGGGCAGUUGCCAUGGGAGGCGCAGGCCUGCUGGAAGGAAGAUGGUCGAUUCUCCCAAGCAACAAAGGCCACGUAGAGUCCUGGUUUCAGUGUGGCCUGGUAUCCACAGUGCACCCCAUGCUGGUGGGUGGCUCAGGAUGCACACUCAUUUCCUCUGCACCUUCCCGGUGUCAUUGGCAUGGAAGGAAGGCCCUUGUCCAAGAAGGAUGGUCUUCGUCUUGUGUGAUCUUUGAGAUGCCAUGAGGCCUCUGGAUACAAAUGGUGUGGGCUCCUUUGGAGGCUUUUGGAUUUCUCCUGAAUGUGGCGUUGGUAUGGAAGGAAGGCCAGUGACCGCAAGGGAUGACUUUGAUCUUGGGAGAUUUUUGGAGAUGGCAAAGUGCUUCUAAACAUGUUUGGCGUGGUCUCCUUCAGGCUGGUGGAUACCUCAGGAUGGUGGCAUUGGCAUGGAAGGAAGGACUGUGUCUGUGAGGGAUGAUCAUCCUCUCAUGUGAUCCUUGGAGAUGCCAGGAAGCCCCUUGACACAUGUGGCAUGGGCUCCUUCAGAGGCUUUUGGAUCCGUCGUGAAUGUGGCAUGGGCAUGCAAAGAAAGACAGAGGCUGCAAGGGAUGAACUUCAUCUUGGGAGAUCCCUGGAGAUGGCAGGGAACCCAUGGACACAUGUGGCAUGGGCUCCUUUGGGUGCCGGUGGAUCCCUUCAUAUGGUAAAGCCAGAGUUGGGUAUCAACCAGAUACACUGCAGGGGAUCAGAGGACAUGGCCUUUGUGUACUGCACAUCUGUCAGAUUUUCUCAAGCACACCCGUGUUUCCUCUUCACCUCCCACGUGGAAGUGAUGAAUUGGCCAGGACCAUCUUGGUGAGGGACAAUCAUCAUCUCAUGUUAACCUCAGAGAUGCCAGGAAGCUUCUGGACACACAUGGUGUAGGCUUCCUUGGAGGCUGUUGGAUCUCUCCUGAAUGUAGUGUUGGUGUAAAAGGCAAACCCGUGUCAUGAGGGAUGGUCAUCAUCUCGUGUGAUCGUUGGAGAUGGCAGGAAGCCCUGGACAUACAUGGUGUGGGGGCUCCUCCAGAGGCUGUUGGAAUCCUCCUGGAUGUGGUGUGGGCAUGGAAGGAAGGCCAGUGGAGACAAUGGAUGAUCUUGUUCUUAGCAGAUCACUGGACGUGGCAGGGAGUCCUAGGACAUGUGUGGUGUGGGCUUCUUCAGGUGCUGGUGGUGUUGGCAUGAGGAAAGGAGGUAUCUUCGAGGGACAAUCUUCUUCUUGUGCGAUCCUUGGAGAUGCCCUGAGGCCCCUGGACACAUGUGGUGUGGGCUCCUUUGGAGGCUGUUGUAUCCCUUCUGAAUGUGUUGUGGCCAUGGAAGUAAGGCCAGUGGCUACGAGGGACAGUCUUCAUCUUGGGAGAUCCCUAGAGAGGGCAGGGAGCCCCUUGACAUGUGGAAUGUGGUCUCCGUUGGGUGCUGGUGGAUCCCACAGGUGGUCUGGCAUGGAAGAAGUCCAGAGGCUGCGAUGGAUCAUCUUUGUCUUGGGAGAUUCCUGGAGAUGGUGGGGAGCCCCUGGGCACGUGCAGCAUAUGUGGCGUGGGCUUCUUCAGGUGCUGGUGGAUCCCUCAGGAUGUUCAUUGUGGAACCAGCACAGAUUUUCAUACGAAAGUUAUUUCUUUUUAACCUCAAAAAGUGACAGAAUGGAGUGUAUCAUGAAAAAGUCUGACAUCAAAACCUCAAAAUGUGAUAUUGAUUGGGUGAGAUAGAAUUCCAUGGAAUUUCAUUGCCAAACCAGUGAAGUGCUAAUUUUGACAUUUGUACCAGCUAACGUAGCCGUGAAGAAACACACCAAUACACUUCUAAGGACAGCAUAGACCAAGAUCUAGGUUUCAUAUGGAUGAAUUUAUUCUUCCCUUUGAGGCAAGACAAGAAGGAAAGAAAGUAUUGGGAAUAAUGCUGCCCUCCCAUCCUCAAGGGCCAGUGGGAACUCUAAUAUUGAUUGGGUGAGAUACAAUUCCAUGGAAUUUUACCACUGAACCAGUGGAGGGCUAAUUUUGUCAUUUGUACCAGUUAACUAACUUGGGAGGAAACAGAACAACACACUCCUGAGGGUAAAAUGGAAACUCUGAGAGUUUGGUUGGCGGCAUCUAUAUACCAUAGAAACAGAGCCUGGGAAGCAGAACAGUGAGACCCAAGAGAAAUGUUCCUGCCUAUACUUGGUCUGUUAUCACAUUUGCCUGAGCUACUGAUUGACCUUUUGAGGGUGAUGAGAUGGUCAAAAUCCAAGGAUAUGAUGAGUUUUUACUUCUCAUUUUCUUUUUUUUUUUUAUUAUACUUUAAGUUUUGGGGUACAUAUGCAGAACGUGUAGUUUUGUUACAUUGGUAUACACGUGCCAUGGUGGUUUGCUGCACCCAUCAACCCAUCAUCUACAUUAGAUUGGUUUUCACAGAAUUCCAUGGACUUUAACUGCUGAAGUAAUGAUGUGCUGAUUUUGUCAUUUGUACCAGCUAACUCAUCUGGGAGGCAACAAAACAAUACUCUCCUGAGGUUAAUGUGGACCAAAAACUAGAUUUCAUAUAAAAGAGUUUAUUCCUUCUACUUGAGGUGUGACAUGAAGGAAAGUAAUGGAAAUAAUUCUGCCCUCCCAUUCUCAAGGGCCAGGGGGAAUUCAAAUAUUGAACGGAAGUGAUUUUGGAAUUGCAUGGAAUUCUCACUGCCAUCCCAAAGAAAUGCUGAUCUUGUCACUCUUACCUGUUUCAUUCCCUGGGGCAGAACAAAAGGACGCACUCCAAAGAUGGGCAUGAACCAAGAACUGGGUUUCAUAUAAAAUAUUUUAUUCUGUCCUCUUGAGAUGUGACAUGAGAAAAGUAUUGAGAAUACUUCUAUCACCUCAUCUUCAAGAAUCCGUAGGAAUUCUCCCAUGGUGGACUUUAUGGUUAACCUGAACAGGUCUUGGAAAAAGGACUUUAAACAUUCUCCUGUUCUGUGGAAUAAGUAUACUUUUUUCUGGACAUACACGUUGUCAGUGAGUUCCAUGUGAUACUAGAGUUGCAUAGAUUUUUAACCUUUACGCCAAUGAAGAUCUGAGGCAAACAUUGCCCCUUUUUUAGAAGUUUGCAUUUGUCACUGAUAACUGUAAUAAUUGAUCUUGUUGAAAAGCCUGGGAAAUGAAGAUCUGAUACGUCACUUUUACCGGCUUCCUCAACUGAAAAAGAAUACAAUGAAACACGCUGAGAAUUUUUGUGCUUUCUCAGUCUUGCUGAUGAUCUUUCUAUGGGCCUGAAGCGUGGAGAGUGCCAGAGAGGCUGAUCCUCAGCAGUGUGGCAGAGGAAAGUUGGGUGCGACUAAGGGGUAUGCGGUGCCCAAAUGCCACUGGGUCCUCAGCAGUACCACCUGGUCAACAAAGACAAGGCACCUAGCCUCACAUGAAACUUUAUUCCUUUCCCUUUUGAGAUGUGACAUGAAAGAAAAUAACAGAAAUGAUUUUUCCGUCCCAUCCUCAGGGACCAGUGGGAAUGAAUUUUACCAUCCCACCCUCAAGGGCCAGAUUGGAAGUGAUAUUGGUGGAAGACAACAUUUUGCCGCUUGGAAUUCUCACCUCCACACCAAAGAAGUACUGUUUUUGUCAUUUGCACCAGCUUCUUUCUCCAGGAAAGAUCAAAACGAUGCACUGCAAGGUGUGGUUGGUCCAGAUAGCUGCCUUAUCCAACUGCCUCCUUUGGACCACUUCAUCAUGGGACAGCUUGAUGCAAUCUACUUGACAAGACCCUGGAACCCCACACCCCUCAUGGAACCAGUGUCCACCUCCCAGUCACAGUGUGACCCCAGGGAACUCUUGCCUGCUUGCUUUAAACCCACCACUUAAAAGUCUCCACAGAAAACCUGUUUGAAUAGUACCUUUGACCCAAUAAGGGCAUUGGCCCAUGGGUGUCUCUCUCUCUCUCUCUCCCUCUCUCUCUCUCUCGCUCCCUGACCUCUGUGUGUGGACUCCAGGCAUGCCAUAUACCCCUCAGGACCUGAAGCAAGAGAAUGAAUUAAAGAAAACUCCAGAGAAUGAGCUGACAACCUACUCCCUGGUCACUGGCUCUCCAUGCCUACCUGUGGUCUCUUGGACACCCUUGCAGAAGAUGACUUCCUGGGAACUCUUCUGGGAGUGAAUGUUAUCAGCAAAUUCCCAAAACAACACCCCUUAGACAAAAAGCCUCCUCACCUAUGCAUUGCCUAGACCACCCACUAAAGGUGAUGGCCACAAAGAGGUGGAUUUGUUGAGUUGGUGCCAUUCCUUCUACUGCCAGCUUCACCAAAACAAUGACACAGUCUUCCUUCUGCAUGGAGACUCUUCUCUUUCCUGUGUUGCAGUGGAUGCCUCCUGCAGAUAAGAAAUGCUUAACUGAGAAAUGCUCAUGUUGGGAUAUCAUCGAUGAGACUUUAAUUUGGGCAUGGUGACUGUUUCCCUUGCUGCCACUUGACUCAAUCCCAGGAGCCUCAGUAGAGGAUAUAAUAUUACACAAGAUGCUCAAAAUGGUGGAAUUGCUCAGUGCUCCCAUAAAUAUACAUUUAUAAUUUUCAUUUGCCACAUGGUAAACUGAAAAAUACAGACUAUAUUAAAAAGAAACUGCAUGAUUUUUUUUCAAAAAUUCAAAGCAUAUUUAAAUAAUAUAUAAAUUAAAUGCCCUCCUCUCUUCCAAUUCUGUCCCUAUACUUUUCCUCUAUUAAGUGAACUACAUGCAUUCUUUUAGUGGAUAGAUGCACACAAACACACAAGCCAUUAUGGGGAAGGAUCCACGUGUGUGGCCAUAUUGUAACACAUUUUUCUGCAAAUUACCUCUUUCAUUUAACAGCCCUUAUUCAAUGGCCUUUUUCUUUUUCAGUAGUACAUACACAUCUGUGUCAUUUGUUGAAUGACGACAUGAAUGUUUUGUAGAUAAAAUAUAAUUAAAUGUUUUAAGCAUUUCUCACUCAUAGAUAUUUAUGUUAGCACCAAAUUUCUGUGCAAUGAACCUCCCUAUAUAUCAGUAAUUUUGCAUUUGUCUAUAAUAUCAUAAUAAAUUACUUAUCAGUUGAAUUACUGGGAUUAAGUAUGUGCACACUUUAUAUUUAUAUUUUGAAAAUUAUUGCAAGAUUGCCUUCAAAAAUGUGGUUAACAACUUUAUCUUCAAAUGGCAAUGAAUGAGAUUGCCAGCUUUCCUACAACCUCACAGACAAUGGAUUUUAUAAAUAUUUAACAUUUUUGCCAAUGUGAUCACCCAAACUAUUGUCUUAAAUUGUAUUUCUUUUGUUUUUGAGUUUGGUCAUUUUUUCAUGUUUAUUAGCCAUCUGUAUUUUUUAAUUUCUUCUUUAUGUCCAAUUUUGUGGGUGGGAGGAGGAUUUAGUCUCUUCCUGAUUUCGAAGAGCUCAUUUACUAUUUCGGGAAAUAAGAUUUGGAUUGUCAACCAUUAUAGCUAUUUUUUACACACUUUUCAACUUUGUUUUUGUUAUAAGAAUGUGUAUGAUUGUUACAUGUCCAAGUAUAACCAUGUUCGCUUUUAUGGCUUCUGAGUUUCAUGUCAUUUUUGGAAAGAUAUAUAUAUUGAGUCCAUAAAACCCUUCACCUAUGUUAAA